CUAGAUUUUCUUGAGACUUUUGAAGAGGUGAAGAAUCAGGAAUUGGAACGAAAGACCCAAAUAGAAGCCAACAUUGUUGCACUCCUGGAGCACUCAAGCAGGAAUGUGAAUCGUAUGAAACAAAUUUCAUCUGUUACCAAUCAAGAGCUGAAGAUUAUGCAGGAAGACCUCACUUUCAAAUCAAAUGAAAUGCAGAAAUCACAGAGCACUGCUAAGAAUCUGAUUACAGAGAGUCAAAAACUGCAGAUGGAUCUACAGAAGAUGGAACUCUUGGAGGGCAAGAUGGUUGAUGAACUGACUUCUCUUAAAGACAAAAUUGAGCAAACAAAAAUGGAGUUAGAGGUCUACAAUAAUUUACCAGCUCUGAAAGCAUCGGGAGAAGAGAAGAAAAAGAGACUCCAGGAUGACAAAGAAAAAUUAACGAAACGUAAUCAUGCUUUCAAGAAAAUAAUGGAACACUUGAAUACAGAGUAUGAGACACUAAAGAGAGAGCUGCAAGAGAAUGAGACACAUUCUCAGCUUACAAAUUUGGAGAGGAAGUGGCAGCACCAUGAGCAGAACAACUUUAUGAUGAAGGAAUUUAUAGCAACAAAAAGUCAGGAGAGUGACUACCAGCCAGUAAUGAAGAACGUGAGAAAGCGAGUCACAGAAUACAAUAAAGCUCUCAUAGAAGCUUUACAGAACACCAAGAACUGA